AUGGAUGUUCCGAUAGCGGCCAAUGUCCUCGGAACUCUAGGUGCUGUCUGUUGGUCCGUCCAGCUUAUACCCCAAAUUGUCAUCAACUAUCGACGACAUGAUACCGAAGGACUACAAGCAUCGAUGAUGCUCCUAUGGGCCGCUGCAGGAGUCCCUCUGGGUGUCUACAACAUCGUCGAAGAACUGAACAUAGCACUGCGAAUCCAGGCCCAGAUUCUCACAGUUCUAAGUCUCGUCACCUGGGCCCAGUGUCUUUACUAUGGACAAAAAUACUCCAUUACGAAAUGCGUCGCAGCAGUCACUCUGCUUAUGUGCCUGUUUGGUGGGAUCGAAGUAGCCUUGAUAUUCGCCCUGCGUGCGUCGAAGAACCAAGAGUUGAGGUGGCCUCUCAUUCUCAUGGCGGUGCUUAGUGCGUCACUCCUAGCGGCGGGAGUUCUCACUCAUUAUUGGGAUAUCUAUGUCCACCGGACCGUCCGCGGUAUCAGUUUUAUAUUUGUGGGGAUCGAUGCAGCUGGAGAUUUAUUUUCCCUGAUAUCUGUCGAUGCCGUCAUCUACAUCGGUAUUUCGAACGGUAUCGGGAUCAGAGGUCGUGGCGAGAAGAGUGACGCGACAGAGAUCCUAAGCCAUAUCCACUCAAUCCAAUUGACAUGGUAA